AUGUCCCCCCAGAAGCUCAAGAUUGCCGCCGCUGGCCUCGGCCGCAUGGGGAAGCGCCAUGCCAUCAACUUCCUCAACCGCACCCCCCGCGCUGAGCUUGUCGCGGCCUUCACCCCUGACCCUACGGAGAUGGCAUGGGCCAAGAUCAACCUGGAGCCCCAUGGCGUUACCCUCUACGACGACUACUCCAAGAUGAUUCAGCAGGACGGCCUCAAUGCCGUUGUCAUUGGCACCGCCACCUCGGUCCACGCUGAGGAGGCCAUCCAGGCCAUGCAGAAGAACCUCCACGUUCUGGUUGAGAAGCCUCUCUCCACCGACCUCGAUAUUUGCCGAUCAGUCGUCGCCGAGGCCAAGAAGCAUCCUCACCUCAAGGUCAUGUGUGGCUUCUCCCGCCGCUUCGACGAGUCCUACCGCGAUGCCCACUCCAAGAUGGAGCAGGGUCUGAUCGGCCGGCCCUCCAUCAUCCGCAGCCAAACCUGCGACAAGCACGACCCCUCGGGCUUCUUCGUCGCCUACGCUGCGUGGUCCGGCGGCGUCUUCGUCGACAUGGCUGUGCACGACAUCGACCUCACGCUGUGGUUCUUCGGCGACGACAUCGUCCCCAAGAGCGUUUCCGCCCACGGCAUCCGCGCCGUCCAGCCCGACCUUGCUCAGUACAACGACUACGACAACGCCGUUGGCAUCGUCGAGUUCUGGGGCGGCAAGAUCGCGCACUACUACUGCUCCCGCAUGAUGGCCCACGGCCAGGAGGACACCACCGAGAUCAUCGGCACCGAGGGCAAGCUGACGGUCAACGGCAACCCCCAGUCCAACCUCGUCAACUACUACCACGCCGGCGGCAUCACCCGCGAGGUGCCCGCCCACUACUACGGCCGCUUCGAGAUGGCCUUUGUCCAGGAGGCCAACGACUUCGCCGAGGCCUGCCUCGACAACAAGCCCCUCGCCCUGAAGCUCACCAAUGCUGUCCGGGCUGUCGAGAUCGGUGCUGCUCUGCAGGAGGCUCUGGUCAGCGGCAAGCAGAUCCGCUUUGACGAGAUCGGCCGACGCAUCGAGGAGACCAAGUUGUAA